AUGAGUUUACAGAGCGGUUUUCCACUGCUGUUGCAACAAUACAAGGCGUUGUUGAAGAAGAACCUCUUGCUUUCUUGGCGGAGCAAGAGGGCUACCUUUAUACAGCUCUUCUCCUCCUUCUUCUUCGUCUUCCUCAUUUUCUUUAUCCAGAGGGGCCUCAAGGCUCAAGAAGCCAAGUCCACCGACUACAAGACCCUCACCAAUCCUCAACCUCUUGUUUCGCCGCCCAUCCCUCCAUGCGAACACAAAUACUCCAUCCAAAAGCCCUGCUUUGAUUUCGCCUGGAGCGGAAAUGGAAGCUCUAGGAUUCAGACCAUUGUCAAUGCUAUCAUGGCUAAUAAUCCGGACAGGCCAAUUCCCUCGUCCAAGGUCAAAUCGUUUAGAACAAAAGAUGAAGUAGAUGCAUGGCUGUACAGUAAUCCUAUGCAUUGCUCAGGAGCUUUGCAUUUUGUGGAAAGAAAUGCCACUGUAAUUAGCUAUGGCAUACAGACUAAUUCUACUCCUGUUAAAGCACGAGGGCAAUACGAAGAUCCAACGUUCAAAUUCCAAAUACCGCUUCAGAUUGCUGCAGAGCGUGAAAUUGCCAGGUCUCUGAUUGGAGUUCCAAAUUUUAGCUGGGUUCUUUCCCUCAAGGAAUUUGCACACCCAGCACGGGAGGCUUACGCUGAGUUGACUGAUGUAGUUCCUGUCAUCUUUUUUGCGGCUUCCAUGUUUGGUUUUGUGUUUCAAAUGAGUUCUUUGAUCACAGAGAAAGAAUUGAAGCUUAGACAGGCAAUGACAAUGAUGGGCCUUUAUGAUACUGCAUACUGGUUUUCAUGGCUUACAUGGGAAGGAAUUAUUACCCUUCUCUCAUCACUUUUCACAGUUCUAUUCGGAAUGAUGUUUCGGUUCGAUUUUUUCCUAAACAACAGUUUUGCAAUCUUAUUCCUCGUGUUCUUUCUCUUCCAACUCAAUAUGAUUGUUACAGUAACCGAUUUUCCCUACAGUACAAACUUCAAAUCCAAAAGGACUGUUCGAAUCGUCUGGUCAUUAUUCCCACCUAAUCUUCUUGCCAAAGCUUUACAGAUGCUCGCGGAAGCAACAUCCACUCCAAAGGAUAUUGGGAUUAGCUGGAGUGCAAGGACAAAGUGUGGGCCAAAUGAUGAUCAUGAUUGUAUGACAAUUAACGACAUCUAUUUGUGGCUGGUGGCUACAUUCUUCCUCUGGUUUAUAUUGGCAAUCUACUUGGACAAUAUCAUCCCAAAUGCAUCUGGUGUGAGAAAAUCAGUGUUUUACUUUUUAAAUCCAGGAUACUGGACAGGGAAAGGUGCAAACAAGUUGGAAGAGGGUGGCAUUUGUAGUUGCAUGGGUUCAGUUCCACCGCAGGAGCAUUUUACGCCGGAUGAUGAAGAUGUGCUUGCAGAGGAGAACAUUGUAAAACAACAAACCAAGGAAGGCACAGUUGAUCCAAACAUUGCAGUUCAGAUACGCGGUCUUGUAAAGACAUAUCCCGGGACUACCACAACUGGUUGCUGUAAGUGCAGGAGGACUUUACCGUACCAUGCUCUCAAGGGUUUGUGGGUCAACUUUGCAAAGGAUCAGUUAUUUUGUCUACUUGGUCCCAACGGAGCUGGGAAAACCACCGCAAUCAAUUGUUUAACUGGCAACACACCGGUGACUGGAGGAGAUGCAUUGAUUUAUGGAAAUUCUGCUCGGAGCUCUGUUGGCAUGGCAAAUAUUCGAAAAAUCAUAGGAUUUUGUCCGCAGUUCGAUAUUCUUUGGGAUGCAUUGACUGGGCAAGAGCACCUUCACCUCUUCGCUAAUAUUAAAGGCCUCCCCUCAGCUUCAGUAAAAUCGGUUGCUAAGAAGUCAUUGGCAGAGGUGAGACUCACUGAGGCAGCCAAAAUGAGAGCUGGGAGUUACAGUGGAGGAAUGAAACGUCGCCUGAGUUUCGCCAUAGCCCUUAUUGGUGAUCCAAAGCUACUCAUCUUGGAUGAACCGACAACUGGUAUGGAUCCCAUAACAAGGAGGCAUGUAUGGGACGUCAUAGAGGAUGCAAAGAAAGGGCGUGCAAUUGUCCUAACCACUCACUCAAUGGAAGAAGCUGACAUUUUAGGUGACAGGAUAGGAAUAAUGGCAAAGGGUAGGCUACGUUGCAUUGGAACUUCAAUCAGGCUCAAGUCAAGGUUUGGGACCGGUUUUAUUGCCAAUGUGAGCUUCCGUGGAAGCACGAAUGGGCAAAAUCCUCAUCAUGACGCUGUGAAGCAGUUCUUUAAACACCAUUUGGAUGUUUUACCAAAAGAAGAGAACAGAGCAUUUCUGACUUUUGUUAUUCCUCAUGAUAGAGAGGGGCUUUUGACGAAAUUUUUUGCGGAGCUUCAAGAUAGAGAAAGAGAAUAUGGCAUAGUAGACAUCCAACUUGGACUUGCAACUCUUGGAUUAGUCUUCUUGAAUAUCGCAAGGCAGGCAGAGCUAGAAGCUGCCACAGCUGAGGGGAGGUUGGUUACUCUCACUUUAACAUAUGGAGCCUCAGUUAAGAUACCUGUAGGAGCUAGGUUUGUGUGGAUUCCAGGAACGGAAUGUGCAGAAUAUCCAACUGGGGUUAUGGUACAAGUUUUCUGGGAGCAAGAUGAAUCUGGUGCCCUCUGCAUAUCCGGCCACUCCCUUGAAACCCCAAUACCUCCUAAUGUUGAAGUGACCCCACCACGCAUGGAUUCAUUUGGCCGAUCCGGCCGUUCCCAACCGGUUCAUGGAAUUCUGAUUCAUCCUGGCCAACUCAGUAAAACAAAUUCUCGUUCAUACCUCUAG